AUGAUCAGUCAACUCUCGGUGCUAUUUCUCGUCCUAACGGCUGAGGCUGCCCCAUACAUAAAUGAGGGCAGUGGAGUGGCCAACAGCGUUUCAGCUACUGAAAUAGAUGUGAGUUGGGCUACCGGCUCCAACACGGGGACUGUCAAGGCCAACGACGUGACUGCGGUGCUACUGGGUGGUGGUGGCAUUGCGGCCAAGCAAACGGUCUCCGGCGCCGCCACACAAUGCACCCUGAGCGGCUUGACACCCGGCCGUUACUACAGCAGCAGGACUCAGCUGUCAGCCGCCAAGUACCGAACCGUGGACACAGAUCAGGUAGAGGAGGGCAUUGCGCCAAUGCGUAUCAGUUGCAAGCGCUCCCCUAAGUGGGCUGAGUUUUCGGUAGAUAACUUAUUUUGCUACCGGGAAGGCGUGGAGACAGCCUAUGAAAAUGCUUCCUCAAAGGAAUCGCCGGCAACGUUGGUACUUGGGAUCCUCUGCGGCAUUGUUGGCACUGCCUGUCUGGUCAUUGUGAUCAUGAUUUUCGUCCUGAAGAAGCAACAAGGGAACCGUAGUUUGGAUAAUAACCUCGCUAAUGCCUAUGCUCUACUUUUUAAUCUAUUCGUUCCUUCGCUUGAUAUGGCCUACCCAUUUAAUCCCUAUGAAUAUCGGUCCUGUAAGACAGAAUCCUAG